ACAUAUUCCCUGUAGAUGUCUGAAAUAGCUGUGUCACAUGAGCAGUGUGAGCUCCAUCUAUUUUAGUCACAGCUUCAGGGUUGGACCUCUCACAAAGUUUGCUUGUCAGGCAUCAACACAGAUUGCCAUCAUCCACUUGGGACCUGUGUUCUUAUGGACCUGACUGGGGGCAGACUGAAUGUGAUUGCUGAAGAAGGCGAGCAGCAGGACUUCAGCAGACAAUCGAGCACCAUGGAGGCAUACCGUGCUGUUCCAGAGCCUGGAGAAAGAACCUUUCAGAGGUUCUCAGUCAACACCAAUGAAUCGUUGCGUUUUGAGCCAUGUGAAGACAGCUGCCCGUCCCCCACUGGGGCAGAAGACGGACAUGAUGAUGUGUUUGACAAAGGAGAAUAUGAGGAUGAGAUCAUCUCCAUCAGAAAUCAGCUGCAGGGUAAGGUCACUGAAAUGGAGAACUUUGCCGGUCAUUUGGAGGAAAUCUUUCUUACAGUGGAGGAGAACUUUGGCCGUCGAGAGCAGCACUUGGAGCAGCACUACAAUGAUGUGCUGCAGACAUUGUCUCAGCGCUAUGAUGAGAGGGCGAGUGGACUGCAGGAGGAGAAGAAGGCUAAACUGGAAUCCCUGUACAGUCAGCUGCUGGUCUGUGGUCAGGCCCUGGACGCCUCAAAGGAACUCAUUGAAACGGCCAAAGAGAUUUACCGCUGUCAGGACAAGAGACUUUUCCUAAAGACAGUUAUGCCCACCAUUAAAAGAGUCGAGGAGUUUGCCAAAGAAGAGGUUGACCUCGCGCUGUCUACAGGCCUUGAAUUCAGCACACCCAUUGCUGAUCUGUCAGAUGUGAAAACCAUGAUGGACUCCAUCAAUAUUGUUCCAGCUCCGUCUGCACCAGUGAUCAACCCCCAGCUGCCCAACUCAGCCACCCAGACAUCCCUCCAUGUGUGCUGGAGUUUAUUCUCUGACGACACGGUUGAGUACUAUGAGCUUUACUACAGACCAGUGCUGGAGGAUGUGUCUGCAGAGAAUACCUUUGCACCACAGGAAAGCAAGAUCAAAGUGAAGGAGACUCACUGCACUGUGACUGAUCUGCUCCCUAAUGCACAGUAUGAGCUUUGGGUGACGGCGACCAACACAACAGGCAUCAGCCCAGCUAGUGAGAAGACAUUAUACAUGACAGUGCCGUCGCCUCCUGUGAUCAAGCAGAGGGAGUGCAGCAGCUGCCCAGAAGCUGCUCUGAUCCGAUGGGAGUCGGGGAACACCAACCCUGUAGACUCCUAUACUGUGGAGCUCAGUGAGACAGGAACUGGUGGUGCAAAGAGCAACAUUACCGAGUCUAUAGUAGCUGUGCCCACCUGUCAGUGUAUGAUCCAGCUGCAAGCAGGGCGACAUUACCUCAUCUUUGUGAGAGCUGUCAACGUUGGUGGUCCCAGUGACAGGAGUGAACCUAUAAGCAUCUCCACAACAGGUACAUUCUUCUAUCUUCUGGAGGACACUGCUCAUCCUUGCCUCUCCAUGUCAGAAGAUGGCUUCACUAUCUUCUAUGGAGAUGAGGAAUUGCCCAUAACAGCAAUGGCGUUUGAAGACAAUACUUUCACAAGAUGUGUGGCCAUACUGGGAGACCUUAUCCCAGUGCGAGGCAGGCACUACUGGGAAGUUGAGGUGGAUGAUGAGACGGAGUUUCGUGUUGGAGUUGCGUACAAAGACGCAGACAGGGACUCGUACCUCGGGGCAAACAAUAGCUCCUGGUGUAUGAGACACAUUCGCACCCCAUCCAGACACAAAUAUGAGUUCCUGCAUAAUGGCUGGAGUCCAGACCUGAGGAUUACAGCGCAUCCAUUGCGGAUUGGAGUGGCUCUCAACUACGACAGGGGAACACUGAGCUUUUUCAACGCUAAUCUAGAGCAACAUUUGCACACCUUCCAUUGUCACUUCCAGAAUUAUGUUCACCCCUGUUUCAGCCUGGACAACCCAGGAGCUCUUACACUACACAAUGGCAUAGCAGCUCCUGACUAUGCAUUUAUCUGACUGCAGGAAGUUGAUUUAACAAUAUUAUGAGACAGCUAAGUUUGCAUUACUUCUCAAUAGUGUGACAUUCUUUGUGUGCUACAAUGAGAAUUCCACAGACAGAAUUACAUUAAUAAAGACAAAACAGGUA